AACAUACGAACGGACUAUGAAUACCGGCCUAUGUAUUAUACGUCUAUGGUCACCGAACUAAAGUUGACGGGCGGGAGAUCUUCGCGCGUGCCGUUCGGACUCGCGUGAAUUUGUGAUUCCGCGGCGAACGCCUGCGCGAGAUCCUUCGGGAAAUCCGCGCGUUCUCUGGUAGGGGUGGCGCGGGAUUCAGGGGCGAAAUCGCACGGUGGUUGAAAACCGCCGUCGUGUACCAGUCGUACGUAAGCGGUCACGCGGUCACGAGCAGGCCCGCGCAAUUCCAUGUCGCCGUCUCCCGUCCCGUUCCUUCGAUACGGGCUUCUUCUGGUCAUCGCCUUCGGGAAUGGUGUUUGCGACGAACACGAAUACAGACUGACGAAGUACUUGUUGGACGGAUAUGACGCCGGCGUGAGGCCAGCUAAAAAUUCGUCCCAGCCUCUGGUCGUGGUGUUUGGACUGUCUCUUCAUCAUAUUAUCGACGUCGAUGAAAAGAACCAGAUACUCACGACCAACUGUUGGGUUACGCAGAUUUGGACCGAUCAUCAUUUGAAAUGGAAUGCCUCGGAAUUCGCUGGAAUUCGAGUAAUCCGCGUUCCGUACAAUCGUGUCUGGCGACCUGACACGAUUUUGUAUAACAAUGCGGAUCCACAAUAUAGUUCGGCGGUCAUCAAUACAAAUGUGAUCGUCAGUCACACGGGGGAGGUGGUCUGGCUAAGCCACGGUAUCUUUCGCAGCAGCUGCGACAUAAAUGUAGAGUUCUUUCCCUUUGACGAGCAACGAUGUGCUCUCAAAUGGGCCUCCUGGACAUACGACGGGUACCAACUCGAGCUGGAGAGACAGAGCGAGCAGGGGGACGUGAGCAAUUAUCAGGCGAACGGCGAGUUCCACCUUGUGGACUUCACCGCUCGCAGAAACGUCGAGUACUACUCCUGCUGCGAGGAGCCCUAUCCCGACAUCACUUACGAGAUUCGCUUACGACGACGUCCGAUGUUCUACGUCUUCAACCUGAUCCUGCCUUGCAUACUAAUCAACGGCGUCGCCCUGCUCGUGUUCUACGUGCCCUCCGAGUCCGGGGAGAAAGUCACCCUCGGCAUCUCGGCCCUUCUCUCCAUGACGGUGUUCCUGAUGACCAUUCGCGAAACUUUGCCACCCACGGAGAAGACUCCGCUGAUAAGUCUUUACUAUGGCGUCAGCAUUUGCCUGGUGUCGUUCGCAUCCGGCCUGGCGGUCGUGACAUUGAAUUUGCAUCACCGUGGUGUGCGGGGCAUACGCGUACCGAGUAUCGUGAGAUCGCUGGUCUUAGACAAAUUAGCCAGGAUAGUAUUUCUGAAUUUCCAAGAGGAGAAUAGAUCGCAGGAGCCGGCGGAACAAUUCUCGAGAAGAAAGAACAAUUGUCCGCUGCACUGCAAGCCCGAGUUGCCGGAGCAGCACGUGUCACCCAAAUUUGUAUCGAGGAAAGACGAUAGUAACAGCUCUAGUCCCAGUCUAGAUCUCGGAAAGGAAGGCGGCCUUGAGGCGCAUUGGUCCCGGGUCCUGGGAAGAGUGCACGCGACCAUCGAGAGGAACGAGCGGCGUCUGGUCGAGCAGGAUCGCCGGGAAAGGACAGAGUUAGAUUGGAAACAGGUCGCUUUGGUCAGUGAUCGUGUCCUGUUGUGCAUUUUCUUGCUUACGACGAUCGUCAGCACGACGGUGAUUUUAUGCGGCUCGCCCCCGACCUCGGAUUUGUCCAAAGAUGGGUAAUCCUUGGACUACCGGUCCGGCUAAAUCGUUCGAUGGCGUACAACGGCGUUUCACGACGAUCGUCGAUGGUUUUUAAUCCACUUAUUAUUUUUGUUCCACUGAGGAAAAUCACAUUUUUAGCAGCCUCGACGGUGCAAAGGGUAAACGAACUUUUCGUUACUUAUUCUAUAACGAGAUAAAAGUGUUAUCUCGUGCAAAAAAAAUAAGUGAAUUUGGAGAAAUUAAUAGAAGUUUCCAUUUCCAUUUGCUGAUAGCCGUUGAAAGGGGAGAUAGAUCAUUUUGAUACGAGUCCGACUUCUUUUCAUUCGCGUGCUUCUUACACGGAAUAAACGUAAAGGUGUACCGUGUAAUUCUAGAUAGAUACAACAUGUUUAGAAGCCGAAGUAUGUAUCUCUCGAUCAGGGGUGAAUUUAAGGAAUGUAAAACGGCCGUGUAUUAGCUCCGGCAGCAAAUGUUUUUCAAAAUAAAAAAUUGACCGUCUUUCGCGAACUCGCGCGCGAUUCGCGAAUUACAACUUAAAUUCACCUCUGCUCGCUCGAUUUCUUUUUUAUAUCGAACGAAUCAGGAAUAAUUUUCAAGUAGCCGAAACUGUAAAUAUACGCAUAGAGUCCGUCACAGAAUAUAUCAAUUUGGUGACGGAGUAAAUUCGCAAAAGUUCAUUAUUGCGCUGUAAGAUGUGUCUAUCGAUAUAAAAUAUAGAUUUAGAAACGAGCGCUCCUCCUCGU